AUGUCCGAAAAGCCUUCUAUCCGCCUGGCAACGCCAGAAGAUGUACCGCUCAUCCUCCAAUUCAUUCGCGAGCUCGCCGAUUAUGAAAAGGCCUUGCAUGAGGUCGAGGCUACCGAUGAAUCCCUCCUAGCCACCCUCUCCUUCCCCGGUACCCCGCCAAAACGCGGUGCCGUCUACACUGCUCUCGUGACCCCACCUCCCACUCCCGAAGUCCCCGAGCCAAUUCCCGUCGGCAUGGCUCUUUACUUCUACAAUUAUUCCACUUGGCGCUCCGCUCCCGGUAUUUACCUUGAGGAUCUAUAUGUGCAGCCUGUUGCUCGUGGACGUGGUUAUGGCUUCUUGUUGCUUAAAUACCUUGCUAAGCAGGUUGUUGAGGCGAACGGUCGUCGAUUGGAGUGGAGUGUGCUGAAGUGGAAUGAGCCUAGCAUUCAGUUUUACGAACAGAAAGUUGGCGCAAAGGGAAUGCAUGAGUGGAUGAAGAUGAUGGUUGAUGGUGAUGCUUUGACGACUUUGGCUGCGGAUGUAUAA